UGGGGUUUGACCAGUCAGGUGAUAUUUUCCGCUUCACCAUUUUGUGCUGCUGUUACACUGUAUAUUUGUCAGAAGAUUCGUGACUAGACCAUUUACAUCGCUAGUUAGCGACAUACGUUUCCCAGUUUACAUUUAAAGAGCUUGUGGCCUUCGAUAGGUUUAGUCGGUAAGCCAUUAAGGGGAACCGAAAUAUCCGUUUUGUAUUUCGUGGUAAAAAAAAAAAUUAACUGAGAGAAUGUCGUCAGAAAGCCCCGAAUACUCUCCGUUCUUCGCAGUGAUGGGUGCCUCUGCAGCUAUGGUUUUCAGCGCCUUGGGAGCAGCCUAUGGGACGGCUAAGAGUGGAACAGGGAUUGCUGCCAUGUCAGUGAUGAGGCCAGAGCUCAUCAUGAAGUCCAUCAUUCCCGUGGUCAUGGCGGGUAUUAUAGCCAUCUACGGCCUGGUAGUAGCAGUGCUCAUCGCUAACAACAUCUCUGAGAAGGUCACCCUCUACAAGAGUUUCCUCCAUCUUGGUGCUGGGCUGAGUGUGGGCUUGAGCGGGUUGGCAGCUGGCUUUGCAAUUGGUAUUGUAGGUGACGCAGGGGUUAGGGGCACGGCCCAGCAGCCCCGGCUGUUCGUGGGCAUGAUCCUCAUCUUAAUCUUCGCCGAGGUCCUUGGGCUCUACGGUCUCAUCGUGGCCCUCAUCCUAUCCACGAAAUAAACCACCAACCUCUCCACCAAAAUCUGUCUUUUUCUGUUGCUGAAGGAGAAAUAAAAAAUGUACGGAAUACUGGAUAAAAAAUAAAGCGAAUGAGAAUAAAAAAUGGCUCCAUAAAUAUGGUCUUCUCUACAAUGUGUACAGUUGUCCCAAUUUCAUAGUCAAAUGCAAUGUAGUGAUUUGUCUGUCCUGUGUGUUGUAAAAUGUAUGAAGAUCCGCUUUCCCCCCCACUGGUUUUACAGCCUCCAGGCUUGCCAGGUUUCUUGCUGGUUUCUGCCUCUGGUCUUAGAGAGCUGACCAAAGGGCCCCACUGCUUUUUCUCCUCCUGCAUUGAUUUGGCUGUUUACAUGAUUUCUGUAUUUAAUGUCUGAGGAUCUAUUUGUAAAGAAAAAAAUGUAUGGACAAGUUUUAUUUUUUCAUUUUAUUUAUAAAUGUUUAAAUGGGGCAUAAAUCUUUAAUUCCCCAUGAAUUCUAUAGAUUUAAUGCACUGUGGGUUAAUUGUGAUGUGGUUGGAGUUCCUCUGGACGUAUUAUUUGGUUUAAAAUUAAGGUUGCCUUUAGUGUGGGAGUUGUGUGUAACUGUAUUUGUCAGAAUGAAAACAUUGAAAUGUUUUGAUGUAGUACCGCUGUUUGAUUGCAUUAAAGGUUGUUGCCCAGUGUUGGGUCUCACAAGUGUAACUUUGAAAA